CCGGAAAUAGAUUUCGACCGCCUAUUGACAAGGAAUAUUUCUAUUAAAAAAAAUCUUUCGUCGCUAAUCCUAACGAAGGGAUACAUUUAACAAUAUAAUUCAUAAAUUUAACAUAUUUCCGAAUACUAAUAAAACUAUCUAUAACUUCGAAUAGUAUAUUUUUAUUCCCUUCCUUACACAGUUGUUAAACCUUCCGACUUCUAUUGUCACGAUACGCUUUAGAGAAACUGUCACGAAAUAUCUUUCCGCUUGGAAACAUUUAAAGAACGCCUCGGUUUUUGACAAAAAAUAUGUAUUUAUAGAAAACUCUUAGGGAUUCGAAAUAAUGGAAGGAAAAGUUUUCAUGAUAAAGAACAAGAUUUAUAAAACAUAUAAUGAGAAAAUACAUAAAAAAUAUAAUGGUUCUGAGUAAAUUCUUAAAUUUAAAUGUGCACCUUGUAAAUAUCACUUGGUAAGGCAAUUUUUAAAAAACGUGCUCAUAAUAGUGCUUAUAAGAAAUUAUGCUACCUAUCUUAAUAAUAAUUUCAUGAACAAAUAACACUUAUUCUGGAAACCAGACUAUUUAUAUUGUACUAAACUCUGGAAACGUUAACAUAAAAGUGGUACGUAUAAGGUUCAGUUACGGAGAUCAAACACAGACUUUGCAUGUGGUAUCACUCAGUUCUAAUUUAAGUCUCAACCAGUCAAGUUCGUCUGGAUAUAAGUGAGCGUAAUAUUCGUGUUUCGUCACUUAACGAUAUUUCAUUCUCGCGAGUAGGAAGAACGAGGUGUAGACAACAAAUGAUAUGUACUGUGGCAAUGUGACUAAAAAAUCUGGUGUACCAGAAUGCUUUAAGGAAUUUAGGAAUGAGUUUAGUGUAAUGAACGGCCGGAGAAGAUCCGUGUGAAGAUGUAUCAUAGCUUGUGGUAAUAGUACGCUGAAAGAAUUCAGUAGAAAAUUGAACGUUUCGUGGAAAUAAAUUUUCUUAAAUAUUCAGAAAUUGAUAAAUAAAACAAUUUGCGGAGAAUAGAACGUUUAUUUGCAAUAAAAAGGAGCAAUAAAAAUCCAUUUAUCUGAGCAUAGGGGCAAAAUAAUUGGGACAACCAUCAAGAAGAGUUCGCUAAUUUCUUCCAUCAUGUAUCUAUAAUCUUUGCUCGAAUAACUCGUUCACGUGUGAGCAACUAAAUUCGAAUAAUUAGUAAUACUUCAAGAGAUGCAAAUUUUUCUCUAAAUAAACCGUUCAUUCGUUACAGUAAUAAUUGAGAGUUGUUCUGACAAUAAAAAAUCCGUAAGAAAUCAGUAAAUCGUACAUCAAGUAAAAUUUCAUUCUAAUUAACGAAAGACAAUACUGUUUGUUCUUCUAAAGCGUAAAACAUCGCGCUACUAAAUUUCGAAUAAAGAAAUUUUUAUCUCUAGAACUCACGAACAGAUUUAUCUAUUAAUAUUUCUAUAAAGACCACAAAAGAAGAUUUGUCUUUUUCAAGAUAUUCAACAAUCACGCUUUGUGCAUCUGCCCUUCUGCAUUAUUCGUACAGGAAUCCAUUUCAAUGGCGAAGAAAAAGAAAAGAGGAAUGCAAAGGACACAAGAUUACGCAUAUACGCUGAUUCCUGGAAAGUUAAUAACAUCGGGUUCCGUCAAAAAAAUCUGAAAGACCUCGUUAUUCAGCCCAAUAAAAUAGUCUAGCCUGCUCAAGCUUUGGCCGCCUACUUCGACGAGCCCACCCCGUCUAAUAUACGAUCGCCUUCGCAGAGACAAUAUGUUUAUUUUGUAAUCGAGUCGUGUCCCUCGUCGUGAAAUAAAUAUAUCGACAGAAAUAUUCGUGCUAUUUCUCACCCACUGUGUGGUGAACGGUGUCGAACACAGCAGCAUGUGUAGGACUCUGAUUCAUCCCGCGAAACACAAGAUGAGGAGGAAGAGGAAUCUCGUCGAUGGAAUGCGACCACCGCCAAGACCGAUCGCUCCCAAACCAGUGAGAAAUGGAAAUUUUGCGGGUAAAACGAGAAAUUUAAACAAACGACAAGUUUCUGACCAACCGAUUGGACGAUAUCUGUAUAUCAUAUCGAUAUACUUUAGAUUUUAGAUACUGUUCAGAUAAGACACGUCGUAACAGAGCAAUAAUAGGUAAAAGACGUGUCUGGAAAUAAUAAAAGUAAAUAGCUAUAAUAGUUCAAUUAAUCGUUAAGUGGACUGUUGGGCCAUCGUGGUUCUUAUAGGUCUAGUUAUUGGAAGAUUUGUGAGACGCUCUAUUGGUCUCAUUUAUGUUGGUAAUGUCGCGAAACAAAGUUGCUUUUAUUCAUCCACCGAUGUUGUAAAAAUAAAUAUUAGAUAGAACAAUUGUGUUAUUGUAGUCUCGAAGCCACCAACCUACACAUUUUUUGGUAAUAAUGAUAAUAAUAAACAAAUCCAACUCAAUCGGAACUUGAGAUAUAAAUUAGUAGAAGAAAGAUGGGAAUAUGUAAAUUAGUAUAGCGAUAGGUAAGGUCUUUAAACGUCAGACUAUAAACUUUUGGAAUAUUUUUGAAAUGGUUUUGUAUUGAUAAAACCAUCUAAAAUUCAAAGAUUCGAGAUUACGUAAUAAAACAAUGUACUACAAUGGUAUGAAUGGAAAGAAGCGACAGUGUCGUUGAUCCGUAUCAUUGCGUAUACCCUGAAUGUGAAAUAGGAAAAAGAUCGGUUCUCUACUCAACUCGUUUCUCUGCAAAAUUCCUUCCAUCUGAAACGAAGCAAGUGAUACAGCUUGCCUAAUUGGCUGACUUGCUUAUAUAGAAAUAAAUAUUAUACAACAUAACAUAGUUAAUACCAUAACAAAAAAGAUAAGUGUAAUCGAAAACGAAGUAAUAGAGUAAGGAAAGUCGAGCGAACGAGAAAGAUAAUGAUUACGGCGGCAGUUGAGAAAGACGCUAAGGAAGACGAAGAAGACGGGAGGAAGAUACGAAGAAAACAGAAGGAAAGGUGAAGAAACUGCGGGGGAGUUACAGAGAAGCGGUAGAAAAUUCAAGAAAAGAAACAAGCAUUCGUAAGAAAAAAAAAAAAGAAAGAAGAAACACGAAGAGGAUUUGUUAAAGAGAUGAGAAGGAGCGAAAAAACGAGAAGAACGAAAUAAACGAGAGAGAAGGUGACGAAGAGAAAGAGAGUGACGUACUAAGGAAAGAUAAGAGGACGGUAUAAUUAUGAAAUAAAUGAAACAAAUAGUGAAAGGUUGGUAGAAAAGAUAAGGAAAUAUGGCGAAAAUGAGGAUGAGAAGAAAUUUAUUAAACUCUUGUUAAAUCUUAAAAACUCGUUAAUACAUUCUAGCACGUGGAACAAUUCUUUACAACUUUACGCUUGCAAUUUUAUACUUUUUCAGCGGAUCUUUCAAUAUUCUCUUCCUUUUUCGAUAUUGAUCAAACAAAUCUAAAGUAAAAAGUACUGACUGACGCCAUCGAUACUGAAAAAGACGAACAGAGAAAGACUCGCUAAGAAACUAAACUAAGCUACCGAACUACCAAGAAAAGUGAAUGACGAAAGAAGCGAAAAGGACUCGGCAAAAAGAGCAAUGAAACGUAACGAUGACGAUGUCCACUAGGUAGAUGUAACGAGUACGAUGACGAUUAUGAUGACGAGUAAGAAGUCACGUCGCACACGAUCGGUUGUUUGUCGAACAAAACGAUUCCGAUUGGCUGUUUUAUGGUUAGGUGGAGGGGUUAAAGGGAAGAACGGUGCUGGUAGGGGUUGUUGAAUGAGUACCGGGACGAGCGAGGUCGCAACGCAUUCCGUCGUAGUCACCCCGACGGGUAACGGAUGUCCAAGUGGCUCCGUAUUCGCGCGCUAAACUCACGAGGAACUCGGUGAGAUUGAUACGAAGAGGUAACAACGAAUUUCCUCUAACGAGAAACCGAACGGACGACUGAACGAACAGACGGUCGAGCCCACGAAAUGUCUGGAAAACGUAAACAGCAUACCUGACUGUCGUCAAAUUCAAGGAUUUGUGACCGGCCUAAUAACGAUCACGACCGAUCCUCACGACGUUCGACCAUGAUGCGUUUCGUGAUACAGCAUUGUCACCCACGUUUCUAUUAAAUUUAUACACGAUGCCUACAUACGUUUUCCAUCGAAAAUUUAUCAAAGAUUUAUUUAGUUUUAUAAUACUUUUCAGAAUUCGCCAGUGGGAGCACACCAGCUGUAUCUAUAUUAACGAAUCGUUUCACGGAAGUGGAAACGUUGAACGAACACGAGAAAGAUAUCGAACGAGAAUAUACUUGAAGGAAUAAAGAUAGAAAAAUAAUGUUUACGACUACAGUCUUUGUCUUCACAUUGAACACACUAUGGAUGGUGUGUCAAGCAGUGCCACUGCUUGAUAUGAGGAACAGUUUGGAGCAAAAUGUAUUGGAUGCUGUGGUCUCCUCUGCAUGCUCUUCAAAUGGAGGUUGUUGGAAAUGGUUACCGAUGCAAGAAGUUCAGAAAGAUGUUCCUUUGACUCCAGAGGACCUCCCCAUAUCAAAAAUGGAUAUUCGUCGAGAAACUUCAAGCUUAGAUCCCAAUACGAUUAUAGAAACAUGGGGUGAUAGUUCCCCACCACUGAACAGAAAAGUUCACCAAUUGUCACUGGCUAACAAGCAAAUUGGAAAUAGAUUGUCGAAGAAAGAUAUGUCACGUAGUUGGGGUGCUGGCGGCAUGCCCUUUUCUAUUCUUUAUAUGAAUCCAUAUGGUCCUCGUGGAAAUUAUGCCAGUACUUCGCAACAACAAGAUCUGGGAAAAACUGAAAGUACAACGCCACCUAUAAUACAGCCUAAUACUCGCAUUGCUGUGCGUAAUGGAAGUUCCACGCAACCAAGAAGACAGUACUCGAUAAUACCGCAGCUUUUUAUAUCAUAUGGCUGGGGUCCGUUUGGCAAAUGAAAAGAAUCUCCUACUUAAGUGUGUAAAUGGAAUACUGAUCUCAUAAUUUUGGUAUAUGAAAUCAACUGUAUAGAUAUUUAGUUAUAUUUAAUUUUAAAGCGUCACAUUUUAGAUAAAUUACAAUCUAAAUAUCCUUUUUUUAAAAAAACAUCCGCAAAUAAUCAUAACUCCAAUUAUUCAUUAAUUAUUUGUACAUACUUUUUAAAUAUUUAUUGAAACGUUUUAUUUUAAUCUACCAAAAAAUUUCUUAAUUUUGUUAGCUGUGAAUAAUUAUUAUAUGAGAAAUCACGCGUUACUAUCCCUUUAAAUUUUCAUUAAAAUUUCACUAAAUAAUUCAGUAAAAGAUUCUACCUCAUUAUGUAUAAAAUUAUCAUUUAUUCUUUUCUCUUAUAUGAUUCAAAACCAUAAUAAAAUGAAUUUUUAAUUCCUAAGAAAAUUAAAACUUACUUCUUACGUAUAGCUUUGGUUAUAUCAAAAUCAGUUUUUUCCAAAUUUGAGAAUAUAAUCUAUAUUAAAUUAUAUAAUAAGAGGUUAUUU